AUCUACUGACCUCUAUCCUAGCGACCCACGUUAGUCGUUAGUCUUGAACUCUUGUAUUCAUGGUAUUCGGCUUCAGCUCCUUUUGGACACUCACACUCCUAGUGUUACUGUUACCGGUUACCAGUCACAGGUAUUUUGGGCUGUGCGUGUGCGUGUAGUGCUGGGCAUCUUGGAAGAGAAGGAGUGGGUUCAGGAGUCAGUUAGCUGCCAUUACAAAACGAGACACUCUGGGCUCGGUCCGAUCGGGGAUGUUCCAUGCCGCCUUUGCUGUGAAUGCCGCGUUUAGUGCGACUACAAUAGACUCUGCUGCAACGAGAAUAGAACGACGAUGGCAUUUCCCAGAUCCACGCAGCGGCGAGGACGAAGUGCCGCAGUGGUGUACGUGUGUAGUCCCCGGAUCGUGCGACUGCAUGACUUGUCUUGUAUUCAGCAUGUAGCAGCGAACAGGCGCUGGGCUACACUCCGCAAGACGCACACAAAGCAUCCACACGCCUACUCGGAUCGGAGUAAACAAAGCCCUGCAACGGCGAUACAGCAAUCACUGGUAAGCUCUCUGCUCUCUUUCACAAAGUUUCAGACCGUUGUUUGAUCAACUGUUGAUGCACAGCAGCUUCGCCGAGUCGACACGCUCAAGGUCCUUCAGUUCCGUUUCCGUUACUGUGUCGCUAGUGUCUGGUUGUUGUCGGCUGGUUUUUGGAGUCGUAAUUCGGUGCUACCAGCCAUCUACCGGUACUCAUGGACGGAAAACCAAAAAAGCGUCUUGGGAGGAGGCCAACUUUGGAGAUCAGUGUGGAUUCAUCUCUCGUGUCACCGGUGCGGGAUAGAGCCGGCAGGCCAUCCAUUGCGGUCGAUGGCGACGAGGAUCCAACCGUUCUCACCGAGGAGAACAUGCGUCCUGAGGAGUUCGAGAGAAUAUGCGAACUAGGAUCGGGCAGUGGCGGCGAGGUGGUCAAGGUGCGCUUUCGACCGACGGGAAUGAUCAUGGCCAGGAAGUUGAUUCACUUGGAAGUGAAGCAAAGUGUACGGAAGCAGAUCGUCUUGGAGCUGCAGGUGCUAACCAAGUGCAACUCGCCCUUCAUUGUCGGUUACUACGGAUCAUUCUACGCGGAGGGAGAGAUCAAUAUCUGCAUGGAACACAUGGAUGGUGGGUCACUGGACCAGAUCAUGAAGCGGGCCGGGCGCAUACCGGAGGAUAUCCUCGGCAAGAUAACGUGCAAUGUUCUCGAUGGGCUGGUGUACCUGCGUGACAUACACAGUAUCAUGCACCGAGACAUCAAGCCGUCCAACAUCCUCAUCAACAGCAAAGGCGAAAUCAAGCUGUGCGACUUCGGCGUGAGCGGACAGCUCGUUGGCUCCGUUGCCAUUACGUUUGUCGGCACUCGAUCGUACAUGUCGCCGGAACGGCUGGAGGGUGUUGCCUACACCGUGCAGAGUGACAUCUGGUCGCUGGGAUUAUCGCUCGUCGAGCUGGCCCUGGGCGUGUUUCCCAUCCCAAAGCCGUCGCCAGAGCGGAUCAGCCAAGCCCUGCAGGCACCGGCUGCGGGCAGCGACGGUGCGACCGCUCUGGCGUUCAACGACGCAGAGCCGUGCAUGGCAAUAUUCGAGCUGCUCGAGUACAUUAUCAACGCCGCGCCUCCAACCCUUCCCAGCCCGUACUUCUCGCCGGAGAUCAUUAGUCUUGUCAAUUCCUGCAUGAUGAAGGAGCCCAAGGAGCGGCCAAGCCUCCAGGAACUAAAGCAGCAUAAGUUUGUCCGGCGGUCCUCGGCAGCGCAUGUCGACGUGGCUAAAUGGAUUCUUUCAACAAUGUAGUCGAGGUAAUCACGGGGAUUACUGUAACGCCGACUCACACCACCAAGCCAUGCGAGUUCCUAACAGUGUCCUGGUGCAGAGCGCUAUGCCCUGCUGUCGGCGCUUUCUCCAUUCGCAUGCACUCAGCUGGAGACACGGCGCCUAUGCUACCUCCUACACUCGUGAAGUGUUUAUAAUUCAACAACCGUCAGCCCUGUGAAGCUAAACAGUUUUAAACUGGUUGAUUGUCUCCAUUUCCUACUUGUGAUUCUUCUCUUGUGCGUACACAGUGCACAGAACACAUGGAAUGACCCUGGCAUUUGGAACAUAUCACUUAGAAGUGAUUGCUAUUGCGACGUGUUGCUCGACUUAUCUCCAAUAUAAUGCACCAUCGUAAUAAUUAUAAUCCGAUAUUGUAUCUAUUUUCUCUCUCUUUUUUUUAAAACAAUUAUUCUCUCAUAGAUAUUUCAGUGAAUUUAUUUCUCGCCAUGCCUUACCCGGCCUGUCCAAUAGUGUGUGUGUGUGUGUGCGUACGCGCGUGUGUGUGUGUGUGUUUGGUCAAUGCGCAACUCGCUUCACUUACUGCAUUCAUAGAAUUUUAUUUAUUUUUGUUAUUUAUGCUUGAAACGAGUUGCAACGUAAAACUGU